AUGUCCGACAAAGACUUUCCAUCAUCCCGCUCAGUCUCGCGCUCAUAUCCAGGUCAAAGAUUGCGCAAGCCACUGGUCGAAUGGAUCACCAAUGACUGGCGAGAUGUUCCGACUCUUCAUACUUCGGACGCUUCUGCCUAUCCCAGAGUCGACAAAUUCCUAAAUACGCUUGAACACGGUCUAAGCCGAUUCCUUGCCAUCGUCAAAGCACCAAAAUUUAGAAGACUUCUACUUUUGGUAAUCGUCAUCGUACUCUCUUCGUUGUUCCUAUUGAUAAAGAUUGUUGCACCAUUCGUUGAGGAAGAGACAGCCGUGUGGAAAUCCUUGAGCCUCGCUACAGUACCUUCAGGCGCAGGUCUGUUUGGGACAAAUGCCCGACCUCGGUUUCCGAAUAUGAUUCAUCUCCAAGACCUCGACCCGAAGCUUCUUCCACGAACAUCCAGGGGAAAGCAUGAGGGUAUCAAGGACAUGAAGAGGCUGAUUUUCAUGGGUGAUAUUCAUGGGUGCAAAAAGGAGCUCGAAGACUUGCUAAAGAAGGUGCAUUUCGAUCCAGUGACGGAUCACCUUAUCGCCACCGGGGACAUAGUCCUGAAAGGGCCUGACACUCCCGGAGUGAUUGACCUCCUUCGCGGUUAUGAGGCUUCUUGUGUUCGCGGCAAUCAUGAAGACAGACUGCUCCUGGUAGCGGACGACCUCAAAUCCGCCUCGCUUCGAUCGAACAAGAACUCCGGAACAGGGGCCGAUAUUGGCCGUGAGGCAGAAUCCUUCAAGGCUGAUAGCCAGGAACGAAAAUUGGCGAUGUCGCUUAGUGCUGAUCAGCUUGCAUAUCUCAACGCUUGCCCAGUCAUCCUUCGCGUGGGUGAAUUGAAAGCAUUCGGAGGCGAAGCUGUAGUUGUUCACGCUGGUCUUGUAGCCGGAGUUCCCCUUGAAGAGCAGGAUCCCGCCUCUGUCAUGAACAUGCGAAUUGUCGAUCUUAACACACAUGUCCCUUCAAAAAGUCACGAGAAGAAAGGUAGUAUUCCAUGGUACAGCCUGUGGAAGAAACAUCAGCAGCUGGCUCCGGCCCAGAGGCAUCUUGCCCAAUUGCGAGAAUCGGGAAAGUGGGACACUUCUGUGAAGCACACCACGGUGAUUUAUGGACAUGACGCCAAGAAAGGGUUGCAAAUUAAUAAGUAUACAAAAGGAUUAGACACUGGCUGUGUUCGAGGAGGCAAACUCACUGCCUUGGUUGUUGAUGACAAGGGACACCAGAAUGUCGUUCAAGUCCCUUGUCGCGAUCAAAUGCAGCUGUCUUCAAUCGAAAAAUACCCAUCAUUCAAGGACGAAUCGGACUGA